AGCAGAGGAGUGGCAGGGUCAGGCUGCAGGUUCCGGAGGUGCAAGGAUGCAGAACAGAGCUGGCCUAAUUCUCUGCACUCUUGCCCUCCUGACAGGUUUCCUGAUGAUCUGCCUGGGGGCCUUCUUCAUUUCCUCAGACUCUAUAUUCCAAUGUCCAAGAAACUUGAUCAUGGCAUAUUCACUUCUGCCUCUGGGGUUUGUCAUCCUCCUGGUUGGAAUUUUCUGGAGCACCUACCGCCAGGCAAGUGGGAACAAAGGGGUGUUCAGCCAUGUGCUCAGACGACAACUUGCUCACCAGGACCUGCCUCUGGCCACGGUGGACAGGCCAGACUUCUACCCUCCAGCUUAUGAAGAGAGCCUUGAUGCUGAGAAACACACCUGUCCUGCAGACCCAGAGGCCUUGGACAUUCCUCCACCUCUAUACACAGAGACGGGCUUUGAACUCCAGGGUGAAAAUGGUGCCCACCCAGAGGCCCCACCAUCUUACCAAGCAUCUGUAGCAGACCUGGUGUCUGCAGCAACAUCAGAGGAUGCUGAGAGGCCAAGCCAAGCACUGAAGGCAGGACACAUACUCGUGGGAAUGAGUUGCUAAGGAGCAAGGCAGCCUGGGUCAGUGGGAGGAAAGGCUGCAACAGGGACGCUGCCCAAGAGUGCACUGUGCCACGUACACAGCCAGGCAAGGGCAACAUGGGGCCCCUGGCAGGGUGUGGCUAGCACCAAGUGGACAUUUCAGAGAAUUCUCACUCCCCACAAAUCUUCAGAGCCUUGGGGCCAGGCAAGUAAAGGUGGUACCAGGACAGUUGUGCUCUUGUGGGACUCCCCUCUCAACUUCAGCACCAAACAGUGAAGAAUACAUGCGGCUUGCUGGGGCAGCCAUCAACCUAAGAAUCAGAGAGGGAUGUGUGCUGGGAAGGAAAUAUCAUUGUCAUUUAAUUUUUGGCUCAGCAUCUUGUUAUCGGGCUUCAUAAUUAUGCCCAUGGACCACCAGAGUGGCACAAUAAUUUACGCUAUGAGAGAUAUGCCCUUGGAAUUCGCCAUUCAUAUUUUGCAUUAUUUUAUUUUAAGUAUGUGUAUUUUAUUCCCGAUGUAAAAGGAAAGCAACCAUGAUGUUCAUUUUCAAAAAGGCUCAAACACAAAAUGUUAAAUGAGUUAUUUUUAGAGGAAUUUUUCAUACAAGCAGAUAAAUAAGAUUUCUUAUAGACUCAAAUUGAACAGACAAAAUACUUAAUUCAUAAAGCACAGAACUGGGGGUGGGGUGGGAGAAUUUGUACCAGCCAUAAAUGGUAUUAAUUACGAUUUGAUGUAAAUCUUGUGAAGUUUAAAAAAUAUUGAUACGUAAUUCAAGGAAUCCCCGGGUGUAUAUGUUCAGAAUUUGAAAGAUGAGUGCCUAUACUGACACGCCAAGAUUACCAGAAAUUUCUUUUGUGUCUAAAGACAGAGGUCUUGACUUCUAGGCUCGGGACACUUAUUUUAAAACCCAAUGGUUCCUCCUCAGUUUCAUUAUGUUUUAUUGUAUUUUUAAGACAAUAGGACAAGUCAGGUGGUAGAAUGCUGGAAAGAGAUACAGCCUGAUGCUUUUGAACUUGGAUGAGGAUAUUCAUCUCUCUGGCCUCAAUUUCCUCUACUGAGUGAGGCUUUUGUGCUGGGAUUAACAUCUGACAGUUCUGGCCUGCUUUUUAUAUGGCAGGCUCUGCUAUGAACUCCUGCAUGUUACGCAGCCCCCAUUCCAUCCUUAAGAGAUUGGUGCUAUGAUUAUUCCUAUUUUACAGAUGCAUAAAACUGAGGCUUUGAGAAGUUAAGAAAGUUGCCCAGUAAUAUACAGUGCUUUUCAGGAGGGAGGGUGAAGGAGAAUCUGUGGAAAGGUGUGGGAGGACCUACUCUCUUUAGACUUUUGUGCUGAGGUAGCUGUGUCUUCCUUCUUUCCUUCCAGAGAACAGUUUGAAUUUCUCUCCCUGUUCAGAAUGUGGGCCCCAACAGUAAGUGGAACUCUGGGGGUUUGCUGCAGUAUCUUCCAGCCCUUGGAGAGGUCUCAAAGGUGGCUUUAGGGUCAAUGGACUUCUCAAUUACAGUGUGAAUAAACCUACCUUGUUUUCUGCCAGAAAGGGCCUUAUCUGAGUCUGGUUUUCCUUCAUCUGGUCAUUAUUGUAAUGAUGAAGGACUCAUCCUAAUGGGUGACAGCCAUGGUGAUUGGCACAGGAGAGUCUUUGGAUAGUUGGAAAGAAGGGUGUAGAUCUUUCAAAGAAGAAGGUCAGCAAGAUGGGAUGGCCAUUAUGGCCUCCUCUUCCCCAUCAUUACUGAGUGCACAGGGAAAGUAUAUCAUGACAAACACACAGGAAACUACAGAGAAGGAAACCCUCAUCCAUGAGGCAUACAGUUGGAAAUCUGUAAUUUGAACCCUCGACCGUGACGACAUAACUAGACAUGAGGUUCAUUCAUGGUUGUCCAAUAGGUAGGUGAUCAUUUAUUAGCAAUGCAGUUUCUUUCUUUCUCGUCAUCUCUUUCCAUCCUACUAAGAAACAUUCUCUGAGAGUCUGAGCAUAUUUACUGACCUAAAUAGGAAUAUUACUGGGAUUUAACCCAGAGUAUGCAUGUGUAAUAGAGGAUUUUUUUCCAACUGAGAGAAUCAGGUGGAACAUACGUUAGCUUUAGUUUACAAAAGAAAUUGUUUUAAUCUCUUUAUGGCAAUAAAUUUUGUACUCACA